UACCAUACCAAAACACGGAAGUAUUUCAACUUAAGGGUUUCCACUGAGGGCUAAUUGGGGAAGCUAGCUCCAAAAUGGGUUCUACGUUUAUUUCGUGGGACAGAUAAAGACUUUUUGUAAUUUCUUUCUUUGUUUUUGUUCAGUCAGGGCCUUACCGAGAGGUCGUGUUGCUGUUAGGAUGGUCCAGAGUCUGUUCCGGUCGGGUUUUCUGGUGCGGGUCGGUCACACCGUGCUUACCUGGGUCGUAACCCUCAUUCUGUUCCUGCACAACACAGAUUUGCGGCGAUGUGAGGAGCGAGGAGAGCUGCUGCUGCCCACGCUGUUCUUCCUGCUGGUCCUGCUGUCGGUGCUUUUGUACUUCACCGUCUCUUUAAUGGAUCCUGGGUUUGUCCUCACUGACACGUUUAAGGGAGGUCAAGGGUCAGAUGAAGAAAUGGAGUUGGUGAUCCCUCAGCUGUCGACCCCUCAGCUGCGGCGCUGCGGGUUCUGCCUGCUGCAGCAGCCAAUGAGAGCGAAGCACUGCAAGACGUGCAAACACUGCGUGCGGCGCUUCGACCAUCACUGCCCCUGGAUCGAGAACUGCGUCGGGGAGAGGAACCACCGCUGGUUCGUGGUCUACCUGCUGGUCCAGCUGCUGGCGCUGCUCUGGGCCCUCCACAUCGCUCUCUCGGGGAUUUCUCCCGGCUUGACGUGGGAUCUGUGGUUCCGAGCGAACGGCUUCCUGCUGGCGGCGCUCGCCGUGGUCGGGGUUUUCUCCGGCGUCAUGCUGCUGCUGCUGGGCUGCCACCUCUACCUCGUCUCCAUCAACUGCACCACCUGGGAGUUCAUGUCCCGCCACCGGAUCUCCUACCUGAAGAACUGCGGCGGCGAGGAGAACCCGUUCGACCGCGGCGUUUUCUGCAACCUCUGGGAUUUCUUCUGCAUCUGCAGGACGGUGAUGUGGGAGCAGGUCUACCAGAAAAACGCCACAGAACUCAACGAAUUUUAAAAUGAAGAAAAUAUUGACUUUUUGCAGGAAUAUUUUAGUUAUUUUUUUUAUAAAUUUCUCUUCCAAGGAGCCAAAUUUUUUAUUUAUUAUUCAAAGGGUUCUAAAAUUGAGCAAACAGGCAGCAAAAAUUUAAAAUAAAACUUUAAAAGUUUUAGAAAACUGUUGAUUAAAAUCACUUUAGGAAGUUACAAGCGAAGCGUCACUGCAAAAACUCAAAGUAUUACCAAGUAUUUUGGGUCUAUUCUACUACAAAUAUGUUAAAAUAAGACAAAACUAACUUAAAAGUAACUUUUCAGCAAGAUAUAGGAGCUUAUGUGUAAGUCAAACGGUAAAAUUGUUCAUUGAGACCAUUUUCAAGUAACAUAAUAAUAAUAAUGGAAUAAUAACAAUGCAAGUUUGUCCUUUUAAAGAUAAAAAAACUUAAAUUUUGUCAAGAACAUUUUACACAAGAAUUGGAAAAUAUUUUAAAUAUAAAAAAAAAUACAAAUAAAUGACCAAAACCAUUAAUUGAAUAGAUUAUGAAGUCUGUAAACAAAAUAUUCCUUCAAAAAAACUAAAAUUAAGCCUCAGAAUGGAAAUUAUUGAGCUCCUUUUAAUUUAACAUGCGACUAAUUGUUUAUUGCAUAAUAUUUAAAAUAUCUUCCAGAUCAAGUUUUAAGUGUACUUCAAAAAAAUUUAAGUUUAUUAAUCUUUGAGAGGGUAAGCUUGCAUUAUUAUGCCAUUAUCUAUAUAUUAAAAAUUGCCUCAAAACAUCAAUAUUAUUGUGUAAUUUCUAAAUUGUCCCAAUAAUUUCUGGGACAAUUUAUCGUCCAGUACAAUUUAUUAUUGUGACAGACCUCAUUAUAGCUAAAAUAAGACGUUUUUACCAUAUUCCUUAUAAUAUGGCACACAAUUUCUUAUUUCACUCGUAGAUUAUUUCACUUAGUACUUUUUCAUCAAUAUUACUGACUUAUAACUAACUCCUGUAUCUUGCUGAAAAGUUACUUGUAAGUUAUUUUUGUCUUAUUUCAAGUGUACUAACAUAUUUGCACUAGAAAUUAGACCAAAAAUACUUUGGUAAUAUUUUGUGUUUUUGCAGUACUGACUUCUUAAAUGCCCAAUAAAUCAAGUAUUUCUGUGCAGUAUUAUUGUUUUUAAAAAAGCAACUUUAAAGCUUUAAAUUUAUUGUGUGUAAUUGUUGAAAACAAAAACGAAACGUCUCGUUUUUGUUUUUAUCUAAUCAAAACCAAGUUUAAUAUCGAGACCUUUUCCUGUAUUUACAGUCGAUUUCAGGAAACUGUGUGUCUGUACGGAUGAUUUGACGUCAAAACGUGUAUUUUAUAAACACAGCUAAUAAUCUGAUUGACCUUUGGUUCUUCAGAGUGUUAUUUUUUAACAUUUUUCCUGUGAAAAAACAGAUUAUUGGCUUGAAAAAAGCUCCUUAUUUUACUCAGGUCUGCCCAACACUACAGCACUAAAUGCCUUUAAAGCUCCAACUGCUUGUGUUAGUAAUUUAUUUUUUAACUGUUUCACAUGAAAACAAAGAGGCGGACAUGUUUUUUUUAUUUACUGUACUGAUUUGUUUUGUAUUUAUUAAUUACAUUAAAACACAUUUGAUAUGCAUGUUGAGGUCGAGUACAUCUGUACAGACGGACAUUCCUAUUCAGGAUGCUUCACUGACAUUUAAAUACAUUUCUGACAAACAUAUACAACAUGUAAUAUUCAGCAGCGGCAGCUUAAAGUGCUACAACAGUUUCCUAAAUGUUUCGCUACAGAUUCCUACGCCAGCUGAACCAAACAGCCAAAAUAUCGACUUUCAGAGGAAUAAAAAAUGUGGAGGUUUUGGUUGAAAGCAGAUGAUUCCUUAAAGAGUACCGCUAACGGAUGAAAAGGAUAAUACUCGGAAAACUUUAAUCCGAUUUUUGAUUUUCAGGGAUAAUUUCCGGAGUUAAUAUAAACUGACGCGGUUGUGCAAAUUUAAUUUAGUAGCAUGAAAACAAGUUGAAAAUAUUAGGGCCAUCCUAAAAAACUAAUUAAAACAAUAAGAUUAAGAGAAUAAACUCGCAUGAGAAAGUCAGUAAUAUGAGAAAAAAGUCGGGCUACAAGAAUAAAGUCGCAUUACGAGAAUAAAAUUGUACAAAAAUAGUCAUAAUGUUACGAUAAACUCGUACAAAAUUAAAGUCAUAAUAUUGUAAAAAAUAAAGUAGUAAUGCGAGAAUUAAGCUGUACACAAAUGAAGUCGUAAUACCAAAAUAAAGUCGUAAUGUUACAAGAAUGUAGUCGAAAUAAUACGAGAAAAAAGUCAUUAUCGGAAUAAAGUUGAAAAAUUACAACUUUAUUCUCAUAAUAUUACGAUUUAAUUUUCGCAGUUUAAUUUUUAAAUUUUUCUUAGCAUGGCCCUAAUACUCCAUCAUAGAAAAAGACAAAAAAUUUAAUGUUUUUCUGGCUCUUUUUCGUACAUUUUAUACUCUAAUCCAGAUUGGCGAGACAAAGCUGAAGCAGCAGCAGGGAUUAGGAACAAUCCUUCGGUCUUCCUGACAAUUUUGAGUUCUAGAUUUAACGGCUUUGUUCUACCUCAGUCCAGUCGGCUUUCUGUUACUGUCACAACACUGAAUAAUUGUUAGGAAUUUUAGGUUUUCCAAUAUUUUUGUUGCUAAUUUUUUAAAGCUAAAUUUGUGUUUUUUGUGUCAGGAAAAAUAGGAGAAGCCAUGAUUGUUGUAAAUUUCACAUGUUUGAAAUGGAAAUGAAAAGUAAAAUAAUUUUAUUUGUGUCGGCAGUUAAGAAUUUAUCAAUAAUUUUUAGACAAAUUACAAUCCAGCAGGAUUCAAGAUGCCAUGCAUAAAAUGUCAAAAAUCAAAACUGACUGUUGGAUUUUUGAUAGAUGGAGUUAACUUUUCUAGACUUUUGAUAUCAAGUAUUUGUCAGUUUUUGUUGUUCCUUAUGGAAAACUUUUGACUUUUUUGUCCAUUUCUUGUCAAUGAACUUGUAUUUUGGCAAUAAUCUAGGUUUAAAUGUUGACAAUUUGAGCUGUUAGUCAAGUGGAAGAAUUAAAAAUUUUAGUUAAAAUUAUUAUUAUUUUAAGGAAUCCCAUUGCUGCCACCUAAGAAAAUAUAAAAGCCCAACAGAAAGUUGUAAUUAUAAGCUUUAAAGUUAUAAUCACAAUAAUAAAAGUCAGAAUUUAUAGUUUUAAAGUCCUAUUCAUCAGAGUAAGAAAUAAUUUUGAGUUUUAACUUCAUAAUCCAAAUAAUAGGAAAUAAUUAAAAUUUGUACUGUCAAUUUUGAGCUUUAAUGUUAUAAACCAAACAUGUAAAUUUUCAGUUUCACUGUCAUAAUUUCACCUUUAACAGUCAUAAUUAUGACAACAAAAUCAUAAUUUCAAGCUUUAAAGUUAUAAUCAUGAGAAUAAAAGUAAUAAUCCUACUUUUAAUUAUUACUUAGCAAUAAGUAACAAUUUUCAGUUUUAAUGUCACAAUUUUGAGUUUUAGAGUCAUAACCACAAUAAUAAAAGUCAUAAUCCAUGUGAAUUAUCAAGAAAAUUAAGUUUUUUUGUUGUUGUUAUGAAGCCAUCUUUAAAGUUUGUCUCUACCAAGACCUUCUAUGGCAGGAAUAGGCUUCCAUAGAAUUUUGUUAAUGUAGCGAAUCAAAACGUAAAAGUCAGUUGCAGGUUAAAGUGCUUUUGGUGCUUUAAACCUUUUGUAUUUUGACCAAACAGAAAUGAUUUCAUCAAUGUCUCAUGAACUAAUAUAAAAACAAAAGAACUAAAUGUAAAGUUGAAACUUUUGCUUUGAAAAUAUGUUGCAUUUGAAGAAAAAUAUCAGCAUUCUUCCCCUUUUACACCCUUCAUUGUUUCUUUUUUUCUUACCAAUCCAAACUCAGUAGGGCAGCAUUUUACUUGCAAAAAUAAAUAUGCAGACAUUUAGCUACAGCUAUGGCUGUAAUAUAUUAUCUAUGGCUUCUUUUGUAACGCUAGCUAUUACAGGAUCUCUGGUACACAAGCUAACCAUGGCGUUGUAGCAAAAACAUAAACCAGACGGUUUGGAAGGGACUGAUAUGUUAUGACUUGUCUCUGCUACAGUUAAUAUGUGAAAUAUAUUUACUAAACAUUUGAAAUCACACAUUGGGUUAGCUUGUUUAUUCCUCAAGGCAGUGAGCAAAGCCUUUCACAGUGAUGCAUAGAAACGGCUGCAGAAGGUCCCCAUAAAGGUUAAUUACUGUAAAUAACUAAAGAUAAUAAGCAAAGGCCACAAAGCAAGCUAAAUCUGUCUUAAAAGGCCUUAACUGGCUGGUUUGGUAUUAAUAAAUGUGACUCAUUUAUUUACAUUAGAUAUAUAAAUUAAUAUAUUGUAAUGAAUGUUUCAAUUGUAGUGAAAUUUUGUAACCCUGUGACGAUAAGACAACCAUGUGAGUCACAAAGUGUAGCUCUUAGCCUAAAGAUAUGUCAAAUAUUCAAUAGUUUUAAACACGUUGCACAAUUGAUUUGAGCAAAAAAAAAC